AUGACAGCGUCUAAUAACCGGACCGGCCGCAUCAUUUCGGUGAUUGCUGGCACUCUGGUCGCCUUAUCGUGCGGCACGAACUAUGCAUAUUCAGCAUGGGCGCCUCAAUUUGCGCAUCGAAUGAGGCUUUCGUCGACCGAAAGCAAUUUGAUCGGUGUGGCAGGUAAUUUAGGAAUGUAUGCCAUGGGUAUUCCAAUGGGACUUCUGACCGACGCCCGGGGUCCGCGAGUGAUCACUUUCAUCGGUUCGAUUCUAUUAGGCUUGGGGUAUUACCCAAUCUAUCGAGCUUAUCAAUCUGGGGAGGGUUCAAUGCCCGUAAUUCUUUUGUGUUUCUUCGCAUUCUUAACCGGUGUCGGUGGCUGCUCCGCGUUUGGUGGCGCUAUCAAGACAGCUGCUUCCAACUUCCCUGAUCACCGUGGGACAGCGACCGCGUUCCCAUUGGCGGCAUUUGGGCUCAGCGCUCUAUUCUGGUCAAAUGUGUCCACGCUCGUCUUCAAGGAUGAUACGGGUCGUUUCCUGCUUCUCCUAGCCUUAGGAACCUCAAUUCUUGCGUUUUGCUCAAUCCCGCUACUCCGUAUCUUUGCUGCCGAGUCAUAUUCGUCGCUACCUCGCCGUGGCUCUGACGACUACAGUCAGGCUCAGCCCUUGCGCCCCGCGAGCGACAUAGCCGGCUCAGUCGAUCACAGCUCCACGGCUUUUCAUCAAGAGCGAUCAGCACAUGCACGAACGCCUUCUUCUGCGUCCAAUCUUCGGGGUAGUGUUCAGGGCGUUGAUGCUGAUGAAACCUCGUCUCUCGUCUCGAGGCCCGACGGCAGGCCCUCGUUUGACACCCUGGACGAUGACUUCCUCGGUGAUGUGGCCAUGGAGGCUCAUUAUCCAGACAUCCGUGGUGUGACGAUGUUGCGUCAUAUCGAGUUUUGGCAGCUUUUCCUGACCAUGGCUCUCUUGUCGGGCAUCGGUCUGAUGACGAUCAAUAAUAUUGGCAAUAGCGCCAAGGCCCUUUGGCUAUACUAUGACGACAGCGCUACCUCCAAGUUCAUUCAGCAAAGACAGGUAAUGCACGUCUCAAUACUUUCGUUCGGUAACUUUCUUGGCCGACUCUCCAGUGGAAUCGGGUCGGAUCUGCUCGUGCGAAAACUCAACAUGUCCCGCUUCUGGUGCCUCCUCAUCUCUGCAGUCAUCUUCACUUUGACUCAACUCGCGGGCCUGUCGAUUUCUAACCCCAACACGUUGAUUGUGGUCUCCGCUUUCACUGGCGUCGCUUACGGAUUCUUGUUCGGGGUCUUUCCCUCCCUGACUGCCCACACUUUCGGUAUCGGGGGCCUCUCCCAGAACUGGGGCGUCAUGACUUUGGCUCCAGUUUUUAGCGGUAACGUCUUUAAUCUGUUAUACGGGACCGUCUAUGACCGACAUUCUGUCAUUGGGCACGAGGGUGACCGUGAAUGUCAUGACGGCUUGGCUUGCUAUCGCUCCGCCUACUACCUGACAUUCUUUUCUGGUCUUGCCGGUGUGGCCGUUUGUCUGUGGAGCAUCAUUCGAGAGAGGCAGAUCCAUAAAGUCGGGCGUACAAAGAUCGAUCAACGUACCGCCUAG